GGCGGCGGCGGCGGCCCGGACAAGAUGCUCCAAGUCCCUUGUAGCUCUCUUCGAAAGAAGAUCAGGAGUGUUCUGCUCUUGCCGUAAGAACAGCCCUUUUUGACUUAAGGUGUGGUUGGUGCUGUGACACAGGAAGAACUGCAUGCAAGCUCCAGGAGUUUUCUUAUUUUCACUUCUUGAGCAGUUAGUUCUCUGUGGAUGGAUAAAGAUUUGAGUCUUAAUUGCCCUGUUUUCAAGGUGUUCUGUGUAGUCUGAACUGGGCCACUUCCUAAUGAGCUACACACCCAGUCCUUGUCAGGAGCUGGUUGAACCCUGUGCAGUGCAUGCAGAAGGAAUGGCCCAGGAAGAGAGCCAUCGAAGUCAGGCGCCACCCACCUUGUACCAUGGUGCCAGUCAGGAGCUCGACCUGUCCACCAAAGUGUAUAAAAGGGAGUCUGGAAGCCCUUACUCUGUGCUAGCAGACACCAAGAUGAGCAAACCACAUCUCCACGAGACGGAGGAGCAGCCAUAUUUCAGGGAGCCAAGGGCAGUGUCUGAUGUGCAUACUGUCAAGGAAGACCGGGAGAAUUCUGAUGACACGGAAGAGGAGGAGGAAGUCUCUUACAAAAGGGAGCAGAUCAUAGUGGAGGUAAACCUUAAUAAUCAAACGUUAAAUGUAUCUAAAGGGGAAAAGGGUGUCUCUUCUCAGUCCAAAGAGACUCCUGUUGUUAAGACAAGCAGCGAGGAAGACGAGGAAGAGACUGAGGAGGAGGAGGCCACAGAUAACAGCAGUGACUACGGAGAGAACGGACGGCAGAAGAAAAAGGAGAAGCAAGUGGAGAAAGUCAGGGUUACACAAAGGCGAACCCGGAGAGCUGCCUCUGUUGCCGCAGCCACCACUUCCCCUACACCCCGCACAACUCGGGGCCGUAGGAAGAGUGCAGAACUGCCCAAGAGGAAGAAGCGGGCCUCCAAGGAGGCUAAAGCACCAGUCCAGAAAGCUAAGUGUGAAGAGAAAGAGACUCUGACCUGUGAGAAGUGCCCCAGGGUGUUUAAUACUCGCUGGUACCUGGAGAAGCACAUGAACGUUACUCACAGGCGCAUGCAGAUCUGUGAUAAAUGUGGCAAGAAGUUUGUCCUGGAAAGUGAGCUGUCCCUUCACCAGCAAACAGACUGUGAAAAAAACAUUCAGUGUGUUUCCUGUAACAAAUCCUUCAAGAAACUCUGGUCCCUUCAUGAACAUAUCAAGAUUGUCCAUGGAUAUGCAGAAAAAAAAUUUGCCUGUGAGAUAUGCGAGAAGAAGUUCUAUACCAUGGCUCAUGUACGAAAACACAUGGUUGCACACACAAAAGACAUGCCAUUUACAUGUGAGACCUGUGGAAAGUCUUUCAAGCGCAGUAUGUCACUCAAGGUGCACUCCUUGCAACAUUCUGGAGAGAAGCCCUUCAGAUGUGAGAACUGCGAUGAGAGGUUUCAGUACAAGUACCAGCUCCGCUCCCACAUGAGCAUCCACAUUGGGCACAAACAGUUCAUGUGCCAGUGGUGUGGCAAGGACUUCAACAUGAAGCAGUACUUCGAUGAGCACAUGAAGACGCACACUGGAGAGAAACCUUUCAUCUGUGAAAUCUGCGGCAAAAGCUUCACCAGUCGACCCAACAUGAAGAGGCACCGCAGAACUCACACAGGCGAGAAACCCUACCCCUGUGAUGUGUGUGGUCAGCGGUUCCGCUUUUCCAACAUGCUGAAGGCCCACAAGGAGAAGUGCUUCCGAGUGACCAGCCCAGUGAAUGUGCCGCCAGCUGUCCAGAUCCCACUCGCCUCAGCUCCAGCUGCUCCCGCUCCAGCCGUGGCCAACACUCCCAGCAGCCCAGCCCCUGCAGUCAGUAUGAACCCUGUGGGUGGUGUUCUUCCCUCAAGACCCGUCCCACACCCUUUCUCACACCUGCACAUACACACGCAUCCACACCACACGCACCACCUCCCCAUCCCUCCUGUGCCUCACCUGCCCCCACCCCCAGCCCUCUUCAAGAGUGAGCCCCUAAACCACAGAAGCCAGAGCGAGGACACCUUUCUGAGACACCUGGCAGAGAAGAACAGUGCGGCCCCGGCCCAGCACCAUUAGCCCCAGCCAGUGCCAUCCCCACAGUGAGCUGGCAGAAGGGGUGCAGCUGUACUUCUCUGGGGUCUUCCUGUUUCCAUGGCCUCCUUCAGGGCCUUCACCAUUGUCCUGGUGAACCAUCAGACUGACCUGACGGAGUAAAGAAGAAGUCUGCCCUUGAAACCAGGGAAACCACCGAACUAAAGCCCAAUUUGCUUGCAUUUUCUGAUGACUUUUAUAAAUUUCAGAUACUGUGACUGUGGGAUUUUAUAAUUUCAUAUCAGCGGAUGAGGUAUGCUUGCUUUUAUAUCUCGGUCUUCUCCUCAAAGAGGGGUGGACCUGUUUCCUUUAUACUAAUCGGGAAGGCUGUGAGAUUAAUCCGGAGCAUUAACUGUAUCACUGUGUAUUAUAAUGAAUUCUUUUCAGCUUUUGGUGCUGGCUGCAGAGUCGAGCUGGCUGCGUUUCACACAAUAUCAAGCAUUAUAGAGAAGAUGGGAAUUUUCUUCUUUGUGUAGCUCUUUUAACACACUCUUUAUUUUACUACAGAAAUUAUUUUAGAGUUUUUGUAUAGACUUUAGUAGUCUGUUUCUAAAAUGAGAUGUAUUUCAAUAAGCUGUGUAAUUUUUUCAGUGUAGCUAAACCCAUGUUGUAAAAUAGAUAAAUUUUUAUAAUCAUCAAAAUGUGAUUCUUAAAGAUGCAUAUAAUAACUUCUAUUUCAAAUAUUCUUACAUCCGUACAACUCAAAGGUGCUUCUGAGACUGGAUGUAUCUGAGCGGGUCACAAAAAGCAGGCCAGGUACAAAAGCAAGGUUCAAUAUAAAGUUCAUCAUCAGUGAAUUGGAAGUCUCUGCUGGGCAUUCAGUCCAACUGGCACAGCCAAUGUUGGUGUCCCUUUGAGUACUCUAUGGAUUCAGUGGGGUGGUGCGAGGGAAUGGGGUCACUCAGAGUUAGCAGGGCUUGCAAACGUGAAUGACAUUUGUGAAUGCCCUCGGGAGGAAGUGGCAGAGGUCGUUUCCUUGGAUCAUGUCUGUUUCUCACUCUUCUUAGAAACUGUGUUGUGCGUAGCUGUUGGGAGAAGAUGGAUUGGAAUCUCUUACUUUGAGGUUCCAGUGUUUUCCAAGAGUUGUUAGGAGAAGCCAAUAUGGUGAACUGAAACCACAAACAUAACUUCUGAGAGUGACCGAGAAAUGUGGAUGAGAAGACAAGUUGACUUUUGAGUUUUAAAAUGUCUGCAGUCUCUAAAACCUGGGUGUCCACAACUGACUGGUAUCUGCCAUUAAAAGUGUAGUGAGCGGAAACCCCCGAUCCCACUGCCUGCCCUCUGCAGAGGAGGGAGAUGGCAGCACCUUAGGUGAGGAGAGAGCAGCCCUUGCCUCUGAGCGGCAGCUUACUCCGUCAAGAUUUGGGGAACUUCCACAGAGCAUGGUCACCCUGGAGUGAAUAUUCAGAAGGCCAACGAGAAGGGCUAACAUGGUGGUCCUAGACAGCUGACAGGUGUGCACAGCACAGCUCCCACACGUUCUGUGCUCUUCUUCUCACAGGCUGAGUUCCAAGAAUGGCCUCUGUCUCCCGCCUCUCUCCUCCUCAUCUCUCUAUCCUCAGGCUCUUAAAUCAGACCCUUAGCUCUUAUUUAUUUAUCUUUGAUAUUAAAUGUGCAGAUAUGCGUCGUGCACUUUCUUCUGGCUACUUUGCAGUGGGGACACACAGACUCUGGACUGAGGUUAGGCUCCUGCUUUUAAGUAUCAUACUCUAAAUUUGUUUUUAACUAUCAUACCUUAAAUUUGUUUUUCUGGUUUACUAUUUCUAGAUUUUCUCCAGUUUUGCCCUUAUCUUCUGUAAACAUAGGAAACAUUGUGUGCGGAGUCAGGAAGGUCUCUCAGGACACGCCUUCCCUCCAGCUUCUAGCUAUGAAUUUUAAUGAAUGAUAUUUGUAAUAUUUGCAUACAUUCUUGCAGCCCUCACAUACCCGAAGCAAACAAGGAAGCAGAUUCCUUUUCUGAAUGUCGUGACUUAGAAGUCACCCUACUCCAUUACCUCCACAGUCUCCUUUGCAUCUUAUGGGAAGUCUGCAAAUCUACACUUUCAUGUAGACAUAUCCGUAUCUCAUGGUUAAACUUAUAAUAUUAAAAUAUUUUUUAUCAAAAAAGGUAUAAAUUAUAGCUAAGUUAAUUGGUUAUACCUUAUUUUAUACUAAAUGCUUUUACAAUAUGAGGCAGAGAUUCUGAAUUCUAGACUUGAGGCUGUUGAAUUAUAACCAUUCUAUGGUUAUACUAUGAAUAUUCAUUGAAAAAUUCAGGUUGUCAGUUCUGACUUUAUUCCAAUGACUAUAGCCAUAAGAAACUGUCUUCUACAUAGGAAGCCCAAUAGCAAGUUAGUAAGCAUCGCUAUCCUUAACAGAAGCAGAAAAAAUAAUUUAAAACAGUGACUUAGCCCUACCCCACUCUAUCAUUCUUACUCAAAUGUGGAACAGUGUAGAAAUGGCAAUUUUUUUUUUUUUUUUCCUGGAGAAGUAUAUCUUCCCUGACUUGAGAAGCCUACUCUAAAAAAUGACUCUCAAAAGUGUACGACUAAUGGGCAUAUAUAUAAUGAGAUCCAUACAGAAAUGCUUCAGAGUCAGAAACCACAGGGCCAUGCCUUAAACGUGCAGGUACCUCAGCUGUCACGUGCUGGAGACUCAGACUCAGGGUUGACAGUGUGCUUGGGGUCUGCUAGCUAUGAAGGUAAGAGCUGCAGUGUGUGCUGUGCUCGCCCACAUGUGCUGCAGUGCCCCAGGAAUUCCACAGAACCUGUUACGUUCUUGUUACCUGUCCAUGGAAAAAGACCCGUGGAAGAGUUUGAGUUCUAGGCCCGUAUCUUUACUGUUGUCUCAUAACACAUCACAUUUUAGAAUAACAGGUUUUAAAUCAAGGUUUUCUCAUUACACCAUUUUAUACUAUCUUCAAAGGCUUUGUUGUUGCAAGGAUUACUUAUUUACUUAUAUGUAGACCAGGCUAGCCUUGAAUUCACAGCCUGAGUGCUGGAUCUUGCCAGCACCAAGAAUGUUGUUGUUGUUGGGGUUCUUGUUUUGCUUUUUUGAGAAAAGGUCUCUCACUAAAUACCUACGCUAAACUGAACUUCCCCGUGGAUAUGGUCAUGGUUACCUCAAACCCAUGACUCCCCCACCUCAGCUUCCCAAGUGCUGGGCUCAUGGUACCUGUUCUUCCUCCCUGCCUGGCUUCCACAGGAUGCUCUCUCUGUGUUGGCAUUACAUUUUUGGGUUGAGUCAUGCAUCAUUUGUUUUCUUCUCAUGGAUUUAUCAUUUGGAUACAAACUUUUUUAGCCUAGUGAAAGGCUGCUGCUCUCAAACUGAGUCAGGCUCAGACUGGGUUGGGUUUUAAAACUGAAUGAAAAGAAGAUUUAAAGGCAUGGGGCUUCAAUUUUUUUUUUUUUUUUUUUUGGUAUAUUAUUUUGAUUUGAUUCUUAUUUUUAGCAAAUGGGGAAGUCUCCACAUAAAACUUUAUAUAAAGCUCAAAGAAACCUUUGAAAAUCAUUUCCAGGUACUGUCUUAGUAACCCUCAGACUCAGGCCUUCAGCAUGGACCUCUCCAGAGUUGUCCAAUCUGAGAACCUCAUCUGUUGACAGUAUCCUUCUGAGCUAGCCUCCACCCCAUACACCCCACCCCACACCCUCACCCCUUCUAACCAGAGCCAAAAUCUUUGACGUUUUGAAUUUUUAACUUCUUGAAAAUCUUUUUCAGUUUUAUGAUUGUUGAGUGGAUGUGGAUGUGUGUUUAGUUUCAUUUUUAUUUCCCUAGAAGGUUUAAAUUUUGAGACUAUGAAGUAGAGAAAGAACUCAACUGCAGGGGCACGCAUGCGUGUGUGGGGGGGGUGAGGGGUGUGGGUGUGUGUGGGUGUGUGCACACGUGUGCACAUAUUCAUGAAUGCACACAUACAUCUAUAUGGAUCUAGUCCCUCUUGGAGGUUUGGUUAGGAAAACACACUAUGGUAGGUGAGCUUCUUGUAUUUAAAGAGAGAAAAACUAAAACUUCCAUUAAAAGAACCCCUCUGUUUAAGCUCCUAUAUGAAAAAUACCACUUUUGUUACUGUGAUGGUUCACGUGGCCGAGAUGUUGCUGCUGGUCGGCGUGUGUAGCAUGUCAUGAAGAGAGAGUAUGCUAGACCUAACCAUUUUAUCAGCUAAAAAAAAUCAGGUGGGGUUCUUAAACUUGUAACCCUGAGCAAAGGGUCCCCAGGUUUAAGUUUUUUUCUCUACAUAAACCAAGGUAGAAAAUUUCCCAGGAGUUCUCUUGCUCUCUCCAUUUUUUUUUUUUUUUCAGGAAUAAAAGGUCAUAAGCCAUUAGAAAUAGUGGCAUUGUUAUGCAAUAACAACUCACUAGCUAACCUGAUUCUGUCAUCUGUAGCAUUCUUGAGAAGCAAUGCUGACCUUCCAACCCGGAACUACCUCGAUAAAGCAGCCCAGAGAUCCUCACUGCACUUUCUAUGGAAGCCAUAAAAGUCGUCAGUGUGUCCGUUCACCUUCACAGUUGAAUACUUUUAUACUCGCUAGGCCUGUUUAUAGACUUACAAUCAGACCUUUCCCUCUUAGGGCACAGCUUUUCCAAGACUCCAGGGAAAGCCAAAUUCCUCAAAUGUUCCAACUUUGAAGCUCUCUAGCUUCAGUACAUUUGUUUAAAGAACCAGAUGCCAUGUCAUUCAAAAAAAUUACAUUUAAUUCAAAACUACUGUGUAGACCUACAUAUUCUGAAAACAAACUCCUCCUUUUUGUUCCCUUAGUAGGGGCCAUGUUGUUAUAAAGUGGGUCUCUCUCCACCCUGUUAAUUCAGGCUCCUGGUUGAUGUGUGUCGGGACAGCGUUCCUGGAGUUGUUUCUGUUACUGUAGCACGGAGACCUGAGUACCUGUCUGUCUGAUCCCCUACUGUCGUAGCAGCUUUAGUCUCAAUCACUCUGCUCUCGAGUGCCUUCAAAAAGCCCAUGCCCUGAAACCUCUGUCCCGGUCUGAAUCCUACCUCUGAUUGAUUCGUUCUCCAUGAGUAUCGGAAUUCACCCUAUUCCAAAGGGCUUAACACCUGGCUGGGGGCUGUGAACACGUUUGUGUGUUGUUGCCCUGUCACUCACGGCUGGGUCACCUUUGUAGCUUUGUAUCUUACUCUCCCCACCCCCAAACAACCUCUGGACUAGAGCCAUCCGUCCUUCACCUUCUAGUCUUUCACCACAGACCAAGGUCACCCAGCAAGUCUCUGGGCCAUCCUUUUCUCAUCUGAAGUCUUCCUGAGUACCUACCUGCCCUUCAAACUAAAGGAACUCGAGCUGCCGCUGGGCUGCACAUAACAUUGCAUAAACACUUACAGGGUUUUUCCCUUGACUAGCUUAGUCAGAGAGGAGAAAAGUGCUCUCUGGGGUUGUUAACAAAUCCCUUUCUUGAUGUUUGAUCUGCCCCUCUCAUCAGCCACCUGUCCCCCUCGUAAACCCCAUUACAUCAUUUAAAAAGUGUGAUUGAUGUCUAAUGAUGUAUGAAAGACAGAGGAAAAAGGAAGCUGACGUGUACUCUGUGUGUAGUAUGUGCACUUCAUUGAUAAAAAUUUCUUUAGCAACUGGCUGGCUCUCACAUCCCAAAUUAAAGUUUGUGCUGUAUAAUGGGUUGAUAGUUCCCUCCUAAGCGAAAACAGAUGUGCUCUUUCAGUGAGGAAACUGGAUUUUUUUUUUUUUAAGGCUAAUGAACACUAAUUAGAGUAUUUUGACCUUAGUCAGAAGUUUUGCUUUCUGACUUAGUCGCUUGUGUCUUUCCUUCCAGUUAUUAGUACCCAGGCACCCAAGACUGAUGGUCGCACAAGGUGGGAGUCUGGAAAGACGGCUGUUGAUAAAUUUUUCAUCCUUUUUGUCUGGGAACAGACAGGAUGUUAAUUGGUGGGACAAUACCAAAUUUGUGAGACUUGGUUUGGAAAUAUAGAAGUCAAGACAUUAGAAUGCUCCACUGGCUGUUUGGAUUGAGAGCAGUGUGCACACUGGAAAAGGUAGAGUCUGUGGUGCAGAAAUCAUUCCCAAGUUUCUAAAGUACCCUCCAUGUUUGCCGUUGCAGUCAGUCUUGAGAACUGGGUGCUUUUGAAUCAGUUCCUUUUCUCUCCAGUGUCCCAGGCAUUUGGAUACUGAAGAACCAUAGCUACUGUCACUGGGAAGACCCAUGCCCUUCGAGAAGGAUGACUGCUUUAUUGUGUAGCAAUCAGGAUACUUUUGGUCAAGUAUCAAAAAGUUUGCCCCUCAGAGGUUUCCCCAUCACUAACCCCAGCUUACCUUCAUCCUAGUUGAGCUUCUCUGGUGAGAUUGGGGAUGUGACAAAUUACUUGAAAAUGAUUUUAUAGGUAAUGGAGAUGCUCAAAAAGGGAUGGAAGCCGGGUUUUUGUUUAAUGUCAGAAGGAAAUUGGAUGGUUUCAGUGGAGUCAAGAGCCUGCCUGUAUGGGUCUGAGAAGAGAGCAGUGGCUUGUUUCUGCGUCUCCAGCUCCCGUGAACGAGCACAGCCUCUCCAUCUGCCUUACCAUGUAGGGAGCCAGGGAGCCAGAAACAGGGUCUCUAUCACACCCUGCGUAGGCUCUGCGACUCUGGCUGCAUUGGAAAAUACACAUGAUCGCUCACUUGAGUUAAGUUGGAAAGAAAUAAAUGGUGUAGUGUAAUGUCUGUGUUUACUUCUCAAAUUGUAUCGCUAGAUACGUGGCCUCAGAAAACCAGGUGAAUUACCUUCCAGAAUAUGAGCGGUCGGGAGUGGGGGUGAGGGUUGUUUUGGGUUUUGGUUUCCUCUGCAGUACUUGUUUUGGCCAUACGGGGCGAUAAAGUACUUUAUUCUCAGCUUUUAAGUCUCUUCUGGGCUACCUCUUGGCUCACUGAUUGAAUUUGACUAAAGCAUUUUCACAAUCACUAAGUUGAGCAGUUAACUCAGGCCUGGUGAUGUGAGCAGAGAUGGGGUCCUGUGUCUGAGGUCCAUGCGACUCGUCAGGCAGCAUAACCAGCAAGCCUUUGUUAAUAUUGGUUACGUGAGACUGAAAGCUAAGCCCUUAUCAUAAAGGCUCCACUGUUUACUAAACGCAGAGCUAACGGUGACCCUCCUCCCUGUUUCCACCCUCCAAAUCCCAUUGCAGCCCAGCCUGCCCUAUCACAUCUUAUAUGAGUAAGCACAUGCUCUCUCACUUUGUCUGCUUCCGGUGGGUAGGAAGGUCUCCCAGAGCAGGCCUGGCCCUGCACUGGUUUCUUGUCUUUGGGCCGCUGGCCCUCUUCGGCUCUCGGGGAAUUUUGAUUGGGCCCAUUGCAGUGUCUUCAGAGGAACAGUUGGAUAUCCACUCAGGAAAGCACCGAGCCUGAGAAUAUUUACCUUGUAGGAUCAGGAAGCAUUUUCCUGUGAAAGGGCCUCCCCAACUGAUUUCUUCCUGGUCUCUUUCCCCCAGCAAGGGCCUGUGCAAUGCCAGAUGGGGGAUCCUUGUAAUUCCAGCCCAGGCAGAAGAAGUGGAAGGGAAGCUGUGACCAGGGUAGGUGGCAGGUGGCCUGGUGUCCCCACAGUCCUGAGGUCACUUGCACUUUCUCAUUUCUUAAAGGAAGUCCAGUUGUCUUGCCAGGAAUCUUUAGCCUUAGGUUUACAAAGCUUGCUGUUGAGUGUUCGUCCAGAGGAGUGUAAGAAAGCAGGAGCUGCUUGGUUCCAGUCCUGCCUGCAAGGGCAAGAAGAUUUAAGACUACGUCUAAUCUCGAAUGGGACAGUGUCUCUUCCUUACCUCUGUAGAGGGCGUUGAAGGUCAAGUUGGGACUUGGUGAGGGAAGGCACCUGUCAUGCUGUAAAGAAGGUUAUUGGGCCUUCAGUUGGGGGUNGGGGUGAGNGGUGGGUAGAAGAGAGUCUGUUNGGACGGGAAGGAGGGAGAGGAGGGCUGCUUGGCCCAGGGAGCUAGCUGCAUGAUGGGNGGAGCCAGGCGGGCUCUGAACUGGUCCAGAUGCCUGGCUUCCCUUAGUCAUCUUUUCCCUAGCAUCCUGUCAGACCCCCGGCGUGAUGAUUUUCUUCCCUGUGUUAACUAUACCAAUAUUAUUUUUUUAGUAAUGGAAAUGCACUUUUUUUUAUUUCAACUCAAUCAUGAUUUUAAGUAUAAAAAUUUAUAGAUUGUUAAAACUACUUUUUUGUGUAUUUUUAACCACUCAAUGUAGCAUUGUAUAUUUUAUUCUUAUUGAGACUCUGGUACACGGUGUGCCAUUUAAUGAUUUUUUUUUUCCCAACAUGCUGGGCCUUUGGAUGUGUACGGUAACCAACUUCAUGCUAAUGUUCAAAGUAAAAAAAAGAAAAGUAGCCAUAUUCCCAUGUGUCAUUUCUUUAUUUCUUCUCUAAGCUCAGAUGACAUUUUGAGGGUGGGCUCCUUGGUCAGUGGUUGUUCAUUUUAUGUAAUCAUGUAACUCAUGUCUGUAUUAUUGGUUGGUAUCUCCAAUACUGUUGGUAGUGUGCCUACCCCAAGCCCCAAAUCCAGCCUGGUCCCUUAAGAGUAACAUACUGCUGGUGAGAUGGCUCAGUGGGUAAGAGCACCCGACUGCUCUUCUGAAGGUCCGGAGUUCAAAU